AUGCUUUGGUUCAGCGUGCUACUCGUCGCCUUCACCUGUUACCCUGUAAUGGCCAUACAUGGUCAUCAUCAUGACGUCUACUGGAACUCAUCAAAUCCUAUUUUCGAACCAUUCGACAAUGCAAUUGACUCACCUGGUUACUACGAACUGGUAGCUAAGCCACUUGACAUUGUUCGAUUUCACUGUCCACGAAGGAAAGCCAAAGAGUACAGCCUUAUAUACAAGGUUUCACUAGAAGAGUUCCAGCGUUGUUCUCUUGGCAAAAACGCUGAAUUAGCAGCGUCGUGCGAUGGAGAGAAUCAUGUCGUUCGCUAUACUCUUUUCCAAGACGAAUAUCAACCAGGACAACUGUAUUUUAUAACCACAUCAUCCGGUAAAAAGGAUGGACUUUACGAUCGACGUUUAGGACUUUGCAAUGAGAAGAACAUGAGAAUGGCAGUACUGUUUGGUACUGAAGAUGUGAUACAGCGCCGCGAUCCAUUGCUUGGUUCAGAUGUGGAUCUACAACGGUUGAUGCAAGAUCGUUUCUAUCUUGCAGAAGAAAAUGGCGAACUUAACUGGAAGAAGAAUGUACUGCCCGAUAUCGACGUGGACUGGAGGACUUAUCUACAGAAUCAAAAUCGCAAGUUGAAAUUCGAUAAAUCGAUUCAAAUCGAACCAAUCCCACUCGAUAAUGAGUUCAUCACUCGAUGGGAGCAGUUAAGGAAUCAGCGUCACCAAAACGAAUUGGGUUUCUUCGCAAAAACCGAGGAAACACUUGAAAAUGUCGUUUCAGCCGGUAAUCCCACAACGCUACCCACAAUUCUGCUCAUUGCAUUCGCCCUUCUUCUGCAAUGGAUACGAUGA